GCGAUGUCUUAUUGCAAACACGAACCCGGUUCUAUGAACGGCAGGGAGACACCAAGCCGUGUCUUGAUAUAUCACCCGGCGUGGGAUUGACAAUGCAGAAUGGUUCUGUAUCAGGUGUUCUACCAUGUUUCAUUUCUCGUCACGGCACUUAUACAUAUCUGGUUCAAUAAUUUGAUCAACACUCUCAUCAUGCUCGUGGUGACGUGUUUGUCAAAUCCCAGGCAGCCCAUUUUCCAGAGUAUCUUGCGUCUGCACUCGGUGGUUCUGGUGUGCUUCGUGCUAGCCUUCUGCUUCGAUACCGUUUCUGCUCAGCCACAGCAGACGGCGCUCAAAGGGGGAUACCAAGUACUGAAUUUCGAUGAGAUUGACACACCUGACGGUUUUGGAAACAUAACAAAUCCAUAUAAAGGAUUUGUCUUCACCGACUUCUAUGCCUUCAAACCAUCACAUUCGAGCUUUGACGGGAUCAUUUCCUCCUAUGACUUGAACUGUGCUGUAUCAAAGCCAAAUGCACUGUACGGAGCUGCAAAUGACGAUUUAUGGAAUAGCAAACAAGACUAUGAGGCAACACAACGCGAACGGCCCUCUAUCUACCCUCACAAUCCAUCGGAGACCUUCACUGUCCAUGCGCUGAAGAUAAAGCCGCUUAACAUGCCGGUCGGUUUUGUGACGAUCAACCUCCGAGGUCUUCGUUCGCAUAACCCAGGGGAUAUUAUGUCCUGGAGUGUCGAUUUCCCUGCUGGUUUUCAUGAUGUCCUUGAUGUUCAAGUCGAAACUUUCACUGGGAAGACGUGGAUGGGCUUGACUAGGCUCGAGAUUUGGGCUGAUUUCCACUUCGACAACAUCAAAAUGGAAGACUGGGAGUUCUGCCUCGACGAUAUCGAGCUUGAACUAGGGCUGGAUGCUCAGACAUCAGGGGACCUAGUCGGCCAAACAGUGUUUUCAUCAGGAAUGCAGCUUCAAGUCUAAUUUAAUGAUCUUGGCGAUAUUCAUGCCUUCACGUCUUUCCAUGCGAAAACCAUGUCUCGCUUCAAGUGCCUCAAUACCAAAGCAUAGCAUCCG